GUUGGAAGCCUCGCUGGUUUGUUCUGGAUAACGGGAUAUUGUCCUACUACGAUUCACAGGAAGAUGUUUGUAAAGGCAGCAAAGGAAGUAUAAAGAUGGCUGUUUGUGAAAUCAAAGUUCAUCCUAUAGAUAGCACCAGAAUGGAGCUAAUAAUUCCAGGAGAACAGCAUUUCUACAUGAAAGCUGUUAAUGCUGCUGAGCGACAAAGGUGGCUAGUAGCCCUUGGGAGCUCCAAAGCUUGCCUGACUGAUGCCAAAACUAAAAAAGAAAAAGAAAUAAGUGAAACCAACGAAUCUCUAAAAACCAAAAUGUCUGAACUGCGUCUCUAUUGUGACCUCUUGAUGCAGCAGGUCCAUACAAUACAAGAAUAUGUACAUCAUGAUGGGAAUCAUUCCUCACCAAGCAUUGAGAAUAUGAAUGAAGCUUCCUCCUUGCUCAGUGCCACCUGUGACACAUUUAUCACUACACUUGAAGAAUGUGUGAAAAUAGCAAAUGCCAAAUUUAAGCCGGAGAUGUUUCCGCUGCCUCAUCCUGAUCCUUUAGUUUCUCCUGUGUCUCCUUCACCAGUACAAAUGAUGAAACGUUCUGUUAGCCAUCCUGGAACCUGUACCCUUGAGAGGAGCAGUCGCUUUGGAAAAGAACCAAAUGUGUCUUCCCAUCAGCUUUCCCACCGGUGGAGAAGAACAGUCUCAGAUACAGAACCUUCCAUAGAUGUUCCCUUUGAAGAUACAGACAGACUAGCAACAUUCAAUUCUAGAGGAGCCCUUAAUGAAGAUUUGGCACCGCCAGCUGUUCCUGAUGCAAAGCUGUUGCUGUCUCAGAAACCCAGAGUGCCCGAAGAGACUCUUUCUGAGCCAAUCUCCUGAGGCAAGAGGUGACUCCCACUGCCUCUGAAUAAUGCUAUGCAAAAGCUGCUGUAAUUCUGCUCUCAUCGUGCGGGAGUAGUAGUUCCCUAUGUGAAGGUUUUCUCUGCACUUUAUAGAAUAAUGUAAAAACUAUAUUUGAAGUGUAUUUUAUCUUUAUAUAGUUGACUUGCAAAAGUAUUUUCCUAAAAAGAAAAUUUCAGUUUGGGUAUUUUUUAAUAGAUAGCUGGAUGCAUCUUUGUAAAUACUGCUCUUCUUUUUACUGGGUGUGAUAGUCAGGCCAACCUUGAGAAACAGGUUUCAGAUCUAGAGUAGGGAAAACCUGUGCCCUAGACUGAUCCACUGAAUUUAAUCCCUGAGUUGUUUUACCAGAAAUGCAUUCCCCUGAGUACAGUCUCUUUCCCACCAACAUCAGUGACAGUCCAUCAUAUUGUAAUGGCACCUUUAUUUCAGGAGAGAUUUGUGGUGGAGUUUGUUAAAAGACUGAAGUGAUUCCUCAUAAGUAAUCUCUUAUCCACUACUGUAUCUUUUUUAUCAAAGGUACAGCCGAGAUUUUUAAAGUAUAUCUGAAAUUCCAUUGAACAAGCUAGAAAGUCAAUGAAUCGGAGGGAAUAUUUCAGCUACAAUUAAACACUUCAAAGUCAUACCAAUGCUAUCAAGUGAAAUGGAUAUGUAGUAAAGUCGGUGAGAUUUUAUAGUGCUUAAUUUGAGUUAGACCUUACCUGAUUAAUUAAAUCCCAGCCUGAUAGCUCAAAGCUUCUGCUUUUUUUCCUUUGACUUGCACCCAAAAAUAUAGCCAAUCAGAAAUAUGUCAUGGAUGUGCAGUAUUUUUUUAAGCACGCAUAUGUGAUUAUGAGGCAUUAUGCUAUACACUGGUUAAAGAUAUUUUAACAUUUUAAAAAGAUAUGUAUUCCUUUUUGCACCAUAAAAUGCCUAUUUAAUGUUAGUGUGAUGAAAAGAUAAGAAAAUAGGCUUAAUUCUUGUUGAGAUUUUCCUCACUAAAUAUGCCUUGUGACAGUGUUUGCUUGUUUGUUUUUCAAGUUAAUUGGGCAGAAUCCAUCCAGUGUUGGGAGCUUAUAACCUCAAGUAAAGGCAUAUUUUUAUCUUGUGUUAAACAAUGCUUCUUUUGUCUGGACUGACCCCCUCCCCCUGUGCCUCCCCCCACCUUUUUUUUUAGUCCCAGGCAAAAUUAAUCUUCAGAGUGUCUUUUCACCAAAGUUUUUUUAAAAUUUCAUGCUCCUUUAUAAAGUCUGCUCUUCAGCUGUUGUAAUGUAUUUGUGUUUGCAGCAGAACAUGUAUGUUAAUGAUCCUUUAUACCAAAGGGAGGGUGGCUUUCACCAUGGUGGGCCCUAGUCACAGAAAAGCAGAAAAAUAUAGCAAGAUCUUCUCUUCUAUUCACUCCCUGCCACUUGCCUCUGUCGGUGCUGGGAGGCCAAAUUCUAACUAAAGCAUGUAGCAGUCAUCUAUGGCAGGGGUUCCUAAUUUUGUCAACUUUAAGAUUUGUGAACUUCAAUUCCUGGAAUUCCUUAGCCAACUGAGGUGAAGUCCACAAGUCUUAAAGUUGCAAAGGUUGGAGCCCCCUGAUCUAUGGUACAUCAUGGGCCCGAGAAAGCUCUGGCGAUGCCACUCUGUUUAUGCCAGAGCAAAGAGGAAAUAUGGGACUUGAAGUUCAGCAGUGUUUGCACAGACAUGUCUGAGGGGUUGUGUCCAAAGUUGUUAAGUGUUUUGAAAUGUGUAUUUUUGUUUUUUAUUCACUUUGGAAUAGAUUUAGUUAAUAACGUAUUGACCGUGGAGCACUUUAAAAAGAAAUAAAAAUGGCUUUUUUUUAAAAAAAAAAAAGUGAUGUAAGUGUUCAAUAAAUGCAAUUUUUACACAAGCA